AUGGACCCCUCCGACGACCCCGUCAUCGCCUCCUACGACAUCUGCCUCACCGACUCAGAAAUCUCCCGCUACGUCCUGCAAUACCUCGACCGACCCGCCGGCUCCUCCUACGACGACCGCCACGGCCAAAAACCCACCUCCUUCCGCCUGAAACCCAAGACGGGUCUUGUGGAAGUCGACGUCCCCAUCAACACGCGGGUGAAUUACGAUGUCAGCAAGGGAUUGCGCUACGGUGAUGCAUUGAAGAAGACGGCGGAUGCGAAGAGCGAGACGGCGUCGUUGAUGAGGGUGCAAACUCUGGGAGGGCGGAUUAAGAGUCCCGAAGAUGGGGAUCCGGUUUACAUGUUGGCGGCUUUUAGGGGGGAUAAAUUGCAUCUUUCGCCUGUUUCGGCUGUUGUACAGCUACACCCGCAACUUCAUCAUUUGGAUGCUUUGGAUGAGAUGCCGACUAAGGGCAAGGGGAAGGCGAGGAAGGAAGGCGAGGAGGAUCGUCCCGGCGAGAGCGAGGCUAGGGCUAUUGAUGUAAAGAUCAAGGCCGCGGAGGAUGGAGAGGCGGCGCAGGUUGCGGGCAAUCUGGAUCUUUUGAAGAAGAUGCAGGAUGAGAAGUGGAAGGAUUAUGAGUGGGUUGAUGCUGAGACUGAGGAAUCGUGGCAAUUGUACGAAAACUACAUGAUGCAUCAGGAUGUGGAUAGUCUGCCGCAGCUGCAGUCGGCGAUUGAUAGUGAAAGUUAUCUGGAUACGAUGAGUGCGCCGCGGAUUGAUCCUGCACGACCGGAGAUGACGGGUUGGGCUAUGAAACAGAACCGGAUGAAGCAGCGGGAAGAACAGCAGUCUGCUCAGGGGACAACGGAGCAAGGGUGA